UACUAUUCAGGACAUCUUCGGGAAGUGUAUUUCUGCACCGCCGCAAACGCUGCUCAGAGAAGUUCGGAGCAACCGUUGGUUGAGCAGGACGAACAACGUUCAUGAAAGUAACCUGUUGCUAGUGGGAGAGGAGUGCUGCUGGUAAACCAAAUUUACGAAAUCUUCAGCUCUCGCAAUGGGGAAAGACUAUUAUAAAAUCCUUGGUCUUGCCAAGGGUGCAACAGAAGACGAGCUGAAAAAAGCUUAUCGUAAAAUGGCACUCAAAUACCAUCCAGACAAGAACAAGUCACCAGGUGCUGAAGAAAAGUUCAAAGAGAUUGCGGAGGCAUAUGAUGUGCUGAGUGACCCGAAAAAGCGGGAAAUAUUUGACAAAUUCGGCGAAGAAGGCCUGAAAGGGGGUGUUCCCGGUGGUGGUGGUGGAGCUAGCGGGGCUGGCGGUGGAGGAACCUAUCAUUACACAUUCCAAGGCGAUCCUCGAGAGACUUUCCGCAUGUUUUUUGGAGACGAAAGCCCUUUCGGUUCGUUCUUCAGCAUGGGUGGUAGUCCUCAUGGAAAUAUGUUUCAGUUCAGCACUGGGUCAGACGACCAUAUGGAUGUCGACGAUGACCCGUUUGCACACUUUGGACGAGGUCCUUCGUCUUUUGGUGGGGGUAUGAGGGGAGGAGGAGGUAUGCCUCAUCGCAAGCAUCAAGACCCUGCAGUGGUAAGAGACUUGCAGGUAUCUUUAGAAGAAGUCCUAAACGGCGCCACUAAAAAACUGAAAAUCACUCGAAAGGUGCUAAAUCCGGAUGGUCGAACUUGUCGCACUGAAGACAAGAUUUUACAGAUUGAUGUGAAACCUGGUUGGAAAUCGGGCACCAAAAUAACUUUUCCCAAGGAAGGUGACCAGACACCUAAUAAUGUGCCGGCGGACAUUGUGUUCGUGAUCAAAGACAAACCUCAUCCACUGUUUACGCGAGAAGGCCAGGACAUUCGUUACAAGGCAAAAAUUUCUUUACGUGAUGCACUUUGUGGAACCACCGUUCAGAUUCCGACAUUGACAGGCAGAAAAAUUCCGCUGAACUUAUCAGAAGUCAUCAAGCCAGGUUCAACGAGGCGCAUACAAGGGGAAGGACUGCCCUAUGCCAAGCAACCGAGCAAGCGAGGAGACCUUAUUGUGGAAUUUGAUGUGAAAUUUCCAGACAGAAUCCCGCCUGGUGCAAAAGACAUUCUCAAAGAUUGUAUUCCAGCUUCUUAAACUUGUGCCUGUGAAACUUAACGAACUGUGAUACUAUCUUAUCUUGAGCACUGUAAUGCGUUGCCAAUGCAUCGAAAAGUAAGUUUGUGCAACUUUGAUUAAUAGUCGUUUAACGCACUUGAAGCAUGUUUGUCAUUGCAUGGAGGUCAGUGUGACAUAGUCCGUGUAGUUGUAAACAAGUUAAAUUGUAAACUCGAGCCGAUUGAAAAUGUAACCUUAAACACAUUUUGAGUCAACGGAGAAGCGAAUGUUACAUCGGAAGAUCAAUAUUCUGUAAUUUGUUAAAUAAUGGGGUAAUGUGUUAUAGUACAUUCUAAAUCUAAAAUAAGUUUCAGCUUUGUAGAACAAGUAACAGCAGUGCAGUAGAGCGAUGCUUUAAAAAAAUGUCCUAUAUUGUUGGAUUUGGAGUUUCUCCAACAUGAGUCAUCGGUUGCUAGGUGGCACGAGAUGAAUUGCGUUACCAAACGCUUCCACAGGCUAUACUUAGCGUUGCUGUUGCUGGCGCCAAGUGCUGAACUGGUGGUUUGCCAGAUAACAGCUCCCGUUAUUUUAAGUAGUUAUAAUCAGCUUGUAUUAGCACAGCCAGUCUUUGAUUAUAAGAUAACGACUUUCAUAAAUAAUCUAUGCGUCCCAGGUAUUAGUGUUUGUAUACAAGAAGAAACUGGAAAAAAAAUGUAUUUUGUGUAAAUUUUGGAUGCAAAGCCAGAAUGUUGAUGUGACUUGGGUUAUUGUGUAACUGUUUUAAUUGUUUUUGAAACUGUAGCAUGUGCAGUCUUUGUAAUUCAUCGUCUUGCAACUUGCAGAGCUGGUGUCAGCUGUUACUGUGAAAAUGAGAUACGAGGGGACUUGAAAAAUCGAAGGUUUAUGUAUUUAUGCAAGGUCCGAAGAAAAAAUGCAUUUGAAAGCAUGUGAUGUGCAAGAUCGUUUCAAAUGAGUCUGUGUGAAUUAUUAAGUGUAGUAAAGUUUAAAAGGAGUACUGAGGAGCUGAAAAAUAAAGCGUGGAAAAGUUGAA